GCGAGAUAGCGAGAGAGAGAACGGGACAGUAGCACGUGCUCUCCUGUCCAGGCGCUCGGAUAUAUAAGGUGAACCUAACCACCCACAUCAGUUGCUGACUCUGUCACCAUGCUGUCCUACUGUAUCUUGUUCGCGCUGUCUACCUUGUAUGUCAGUGCCCAGUUGCAUGGAGGACCUCACGCCAAUAUCUUUAACCGAGUCUUCAAUUUAUUUGACAAAAAUCAUGACGACUUAGUGACUGUGGAAGAGUACAGGGAGAUAUUUCCCACGGCCGACAUGAAUGGCGAUGGCAACAUCACGAAAGAAGAGUUCGUCACGGCCUGGGAGUCGAUCACGGGUCACGGCCCCCAAGAAGCGGAGGAAAACCGACACUCGGCCCUGCUGCUGUUUGAGGAGGUCUCCUCCACCACCACCAUGAGCGUCGAGGACGAGAAGCAUCUGUUCGCCGUCUUCGAUACAAACCAUGACGGGGUCAUUUCCAGAGAGGAAUUCCUGACCGAAUGGGAAAGAAUCCACCCUGAGCAUGACAAUUACACACUGCAGCCGCAUCCCGAGCACCCAACGCAUCCCACUCAUCCGGCAGUGUGAGGCCAUUACCACGUGAUCUUCUUCGACCUUCUCCGGAGCUGAUACACAAGAACGUGCUGCAGGUCUUAAGAAGAUGGACUGGUUGUAACACUCAGGACACGCGAGUGUGAAUUAGAAGGACGAAAUAUUGUGUAAUAACAAAGCUAAAAUAAACUUUAGCGUUAUGCGUGGAAA